GUUAGCAGACAGACACCAGAAGCUCCUCAUCUGCCUCAAGGAAACUCCCAUUCCUGACAACAUGUGCUACGGAAACUACUUUGGUGGCCUGGGCUGUGGUUAUGGUGGCCUGGGUUUUGGCUAUGGUGACAUGGGUUAUGGCUACGGUGGCCUAGGUUAUGGCUAUGGCUGUGGCUGUGGCUCUCGCUAUGCAUACAGCACCUACCGUCCAUGCUGCUAUGGAAGAUUUUCUGGAUUCUACUAAGAAUUUAAGCUUGCUGACUCAUUUUCUCAUAAAAUCCCGGGGCACCAACAUGUAGGAAAAUUUAUAAUUUUACUUUUCAAUAAAGCUAAAUUUCUUUCACUUUAUUUACCAU